CGUUCGAUUUAUAGAUGCUCGUCAUUCUCGUUUCCGCGACGUUCUACGCCUUCGUCGACUGGAACGCGUCGAGGAUCAUGAAGUCGAUCAAGUCCCUCAUCGCCGAAGAGGCUGCAGUCAUCCGUGACGGAAACCAACAGAUCAUCCCGGCUACCGACAUCCUCGUCGGCGACAUCGUGGUCCUUUCCACCGGAGACCGUGUUCCUGCCGACUUGAGGAUCGUGCAGGCGUCAUCAGACCUUCGGUUUGAUCGAUCCCUCCUCACCGGAGAAAGCGACAUGGUCGCCGGAUCGCUCGACGCUACAUCCGACAACGCACUGGAAACGCGCAACCUCGCGCUCACAUCGACGUUCGUCGUGCAAGGCACCUGCACCGGCGUCGUCUUCGCAACGGGCGACCGCACCAUCAUGGGCCGCCUCGUGCUCAUGUCCGGCGAGGGCAAGUUCAAGCUGACGACGAUCCAGAAGGAGGUCUGGUUCUUCACCAAGAUCGUCUCCGGCCUGGCGCUCUCGCUGUUCGGCGUCGCGCUGCUCGCGUGGGGCGUGUGGCUGCGCACGCACUACCCCGGGUACGAGACGGGCAGCGAGGCGAUUAUCAACUCGAUUGGGUGCUUGACGGCGUUCGUGCCGCAGGGUCUGCCUGUUUGUGUUGCGCUCUCGCUGACGGUGAUCGCUCGUCGCAUGGCGAAGAGGCAGGUCUUGGUCAAGAACCUCGCUACCAUCGAGACCCUGGGCUGCAUGUCCGUUCUCUGCUCCGACAAGACCGGGACGCUCACCGCUGGGCGUAUGUCCGUAGAGAACAUUGCCUUCCUGGGCGAGUCCCAUAACGUCGCCGCAGGCCUGGAGGAAGGCUCCUCGCUGAUGGAUCCCUCCGUGCGGAAAGCGCUCACAGACCUCCAGCUCGCCGCCCGCAUCUGCAACGCCGCCAAAUUCGACAGUGCCACCGUCCAUCUGUCUGUGGCAGAGCGCAACGUCAAGGGCGACCCCACGGAUACCGCUCUCCUACGCUUCUCAGAGAGCAUCCAGGGCAUCGAUGGUACCGAUGUCCGCAGGGCGUGGCAUACGAUCUUUGAGAUCCCGUUCAACUCGAAGAACAAGUGGAUGAUGAGCGUCGUCGAGCGUGCUGGAAACGAUGAGAAGGAUCUGGUACAGCGCGAAGAGCCGCUGAUGCUCGUAAAGGGCGCGCCAGAUAUUCUCUUCCCUGCGUGCUCAUCGGUCAUGAGGGCUGACGGGAGCGUUGUGCCACUUGAUAUUAUCUCGAGGAAGCAGCUAUCCGAGCUCCAGAGCGAGUGGUCGAGCUCGGGUCAGCGCGUCCUUGCCGUAUGCCGACGGACGCUCUCGGGCUUGAAGACGGACGUAUCACCAAACGACAUGGAGACCCAGCUUUACUCGGAGCUGCAGGACCUCACCCUCGUCGGACUCGUCGGCAUUCGCGACCCUUCCCGCGCGGACGUUCCUGACGCUAUUCGGGUCAUCAGGCGCGCCGGUGUGCGCGUGUUCAUGGUCACGGGCGACUUCAAGCUGACGGCGGCGGCCAUCGCUCGGCAGGUUGGAAUUAUUACUCAAGAACAAGUCGACACCAUCGAUGACGUCCGCGCCAUGUCUGCUUCCAAGACGAUUGGCGCUGUCGACCCAUCCGAACUCACUCCCCGAGACGAGGAUGGCAUUCGUGCUCUGCUUCUUACCGGAGAGGACGUCGCCUCUCUCGGUCCUGCGGAUUGGGACGUUGUGGUCGGUACAUACGUUGAAAUCGCGUUCGCGAGAACGACUCCGGAUCAGAAGAUGCGCAUUGUUGAGGAGAUCAAGGCCCGCGGCGAUAACACCGUGGCCGUCACUGGUGACGGUGUCAAUGAUGCCCCUGCGCUCAAGGCUGCGGAUAUUGGUGUCGCUAUGGGUAGCGGCAGCGAUGUCGCCAAGGAAGCAGCGGCAUUGAUCCUCUUGAAUAACGACUUCGCAUCUAUUCCUGUCGCAAUUGAGAUGGGCCGGCUGGUGUUCGACAACCUCAAGAAAGUCAUAUUGUAUCUCAUGCCCGCCGGGACAUACACCGAGUUCAUGACUGUUUUUGCCAACGUUUUCCUAGGCAUGCAACUGGCGCUCAGCUCCUACCUUCAAGUGUGCUUCUCUAUCACCAAUGACGUCGUCAUGUCUAUCUCGUUAAUGUACGAAAAGGCCGAGGCUGAUCUGAUGCUACGCAAGCCUCGUAAUGCCCGUAAGGACAGGCUAGCAGACUGGCGGUUCUUCGUCCAAAUCUACCUGUUCAUCGGGCUCAUGAUGUGGCCUUGCGCAAUGAGCAUGUGGUUCUACUGGAUGCACCGCCAGAAUCUCAGCUUUUACGACGUCAUCCUUGUGUACAACAAGUGGACAAACACCGACGGCUGGCAGGGAUACAGCCAGGAGCAGCUUGCCGAGUUCGUGAGCGUCGGUCAAUGCAUCUACUACGUGACCAUGGUCUUCAUGCAGUACGGCGGCCUCCUCGCGGUCCGAAACCGCCGCGUCUCGACCCUCGUCUCGAACCCGCUCUGGGGCCCGCGUCGCAACUGGGCGAUCCCGUGCGGUAUGCUAGCGACCGCGCUCAUCGCGGUCGUCAACCUGUACGGAACUGGCUUGCAGAAGGUCUUCGGCACCACCCCUAUUCCUGGCAUGUUCUGGGGGAUUCCAUUCGCGUUCGCGCUUGGUAUACUAAUCAUGGACGAGACGAGGAAGCUGAUCGUCAGGAGCUGGCCAAAUUCCAUCGUGGCUAAAAUUGCAUGGUGAAGAAGACGAGGCCACGUAGAUACGGCUACAAGUUGGACUUCCUCGGAGCUAAAAUUGGGUUGGACCCAUAUUCUCUGCAAUUGUUUACAAUUUGUUAUAUUUGACCACACCUGUUUGUCAUUAAUUCUCUCUUGGAUUAUCCAGCAAAGUCCGUGGAAAUAAAC